GAAAUAAAUUAUUUUCACGAGUUAGAACAGGCUUUGCAAAAUCUUAUUCAGCAGAACUCUCCAUCAACCUCAGAAUCUAAUGAUAUUUCAGUUCUAAGCCAAUCUUUACAAAAUGUUUUAAACAGCACCGAGCAGAAUUCACCUCCAGGUUCACCAGAAAAUGUGGAACCUCUAAUGCAAGCAUUAUAUGACGAAAUUGCACGGCAGCUGUCUGAUCAGGACCGUUUCGAUUCAUUUCAAAUUCACAGUACAAAUUUAGAUCAUACUCCAAUUGGUUUACUUGUUAAUGCUUUAAACAAUUCAUUAUCUGAACUUAGAAAUACCACCGCUUCAGAUGUCGCUGCUGCAGCUGUUGAUGAUGAUGAAAACUCUCAAAAUAACACACCCGACGCAUGGCAAUCAACGCACUCUGAUUUAUUUAGUAUUUUAGAUGAUGCGUUAUUAGCGUUACGAACCGCGCGCUCCCCAGAACAAGACCCAAUCUCCUCUCCUGAGACUGAUUCGUUAAACCCGGCUCCUUGCAGCUGCAGCGCGAUCCAGCACGGUGCGGGGGUUAGCGCUCAUUCACCUCCCUCCUCCUCCUCCUCCUCUCCCAACCCCAGACCUUCACAUGUUCCUUCCCCACCCCCCUCCUCUCCAGAACCUUCAAACGGUCCAGAUCAAAAUGAAAUAUCUCGCGAAAGAUUUAAUAAUUAUGAAAUCACGAGACAACUUUUCAUACCCCAGUCUGAUGAUCCCCCAAACUUGGCUGAUUUUUACACCCAAGUCAUGAACAUUUUGUCAGAACUGGCUGACAGAACCGCUUCGUUAACAGAGCGGGGCGAUUUUAUUCAACUGGAACUGUCAGGACACGGGUCUGCGCAUCACAUCGCUUUCGCUCUAGGGGGAGAAGAUGAGAGUGAAAUUUCUGAACAUUUCACUGAUUUUCUCGAUGAAUUAAUUCAAUCAAAUGCUGAAAUUGAAGCAGACGGAACGUUAGAAUUUACCGUUCAAAUUGUCAGAAACCAGAGAGGUGGGUCAAAACGUAAACUAAGCAGAACUCUGGAUGUCGAGCUUUUACAUAAGAAAAGACAGCGUCUUUAUUUCAUUCAAAAUCAGGAAAAUAACAUUUGCUUUUCCCUCAGCUUAGCCCACGUGUGCAACCCCACGUUCACAGACGCACAGGCUUUACAAACCGCCUUACAAUGGCAGACGCAGCUCGGGUUCUCAGUUCAAACACCUGUGUCGUUAUCAGAUGUAAUUAAAUUUGAACAUUUGAUAGAAAGGAAAAUUGUUUUUUUACAGACCUUCCCCAGACGCAGCGCUGACUAAAUUUGAAACAGACUUCUCAGACCGCAGCAGACCAGUUUUCCUGUUUUUAAUGAAUGAACAUUUUUACGGGGUGAAAAAUAUAAAAGGUUUCCUAGGUGUGAGAAACUUUUGCUAUUUCUGCUUCACAUCUUUUGAAAAUCAGCACACUCAUCAGUGUCAAGGCUUCUGCGGGGUGUGUAAUCACACCUCCUGCGUUCAGCGUGAAUUGGAACCAUUUAAUUGUCAGCAGUGUCGCAGAAUCUGUCGCAAUGCUACCUGUUUUCAAAAUCAUUUAAUUCCCAUAGAAAGACCAAUGGUUAAGAAACUUGUCAGUCAAUGUCAGCUUUACAAACAUUGUCAGGAUUGUAAUCUGAUUUACCGAGUACCGUUAACUGCAGGGCGUGACCAAAGUCAUAAAUGCGCUUCUCGAAAAUGCUCAAUCUGCUCUGAAAAGCUGGAUCCAGGAUGUGAUGUAAUUCUCGGUAAUCACGCGUGUUACAUUCAAACCGCCUCACGUGAUAAUGAUCUCCAUCAUAAAAUAAUAUUUUAUGAUUUUGAAACUUUUCUGAAUUCAGAAAAGGUACAUGUCCCAUUUCUGGUGUGGACAAAGACCUUGUCAGGGUCCGUUUGGUGUUCAUACGGGCUGGACUGCGUGAGAGACUUUCUGUUAAAAUUCCGAAGGCCUAUGUACACAGGUUACACAUUUAUUGCACACAACGUGCGUGGUUUUGAUUCGUACAUCAUUCUCAGCUGCAUGACAGAGCUCGGUAUAACACCGAACAUCAUUAUGCAGGGUUCAAAGGUUCUGUGCUUUACAGAUUGUGAUUACAAUCAGAGAUUUCAAGACAGCCUUUCUUUCCUCACAAUGAAACUGAG